CGGGAGCGCACGGCGGGGCGCGGCGAACUCAGGGGCGCGGCGCAGGAGGGACGCGGUUGGCGCUCAUGGCGUUCGCGCUGCUGCGCCCCGUCGGCGCGCACGUGCUGUACCCUGACGUGAGGCUGCUGAGCGAAGACGAGGAGAACCGCAGCGAGAGCGACGGGUCUGAUCAGUCGUUCGGUUGCUGCGAGGGCCUGGAGGCGGCGCGGCGCGGCCCGGGCCCCGGGGGUGGGCGGCGGGCAAGCGGCGGCGCGGGCCCGGUGGUGGUGGUGCGGCAGCGGCAGGCGGCCAACGCGCGCGAGCGGGACCGCACGCAGAGCGUGAACACCGCCUUCACGGCGCUGCGCACCCUCAUCCCCACGGAGCCGGUGGACCGCAAGCUGUCCAAAAUCGAGACGCUGCGCCUGGCGUCCAGCUACAUCGCGCACCUGGCCAACGUGCUGCUGCUGGGCGACGCGGCCGACGACGGACAGCCCUGCUUCCGUGCUGCCAAAAGCACUGUCGCCGCCGCCACCGACGGCAGCCGCCAGCCGCGCUCCAUCUGCACGUUCUGCCUCAGCAACCAGCGCAAGGGGAGUGGCCGCCGUGACAUGGGGGGCAGCUGUUUGAAGGUGAGGGGUGUGGCCCCACUUCGAGUGCCACGGAGAUGAGCCAGAGACCCUG